CUUAAAAAUUUGCAUCAAAUGACAGAGAAACAUCAAACAAUUGAAAAAAUUUUUCAAUCAAACGAAUUUGUGGUUUAUUGAAAAUUUACAAAAAAUUGACUCAGUUCCAGAAAAUGUCUACUAUUGAUACGCCAAGUUAUGCUAUUUCUUCAGAAAAAGACAGUGGUGAUGGCGAGAUAAACCGUUAUAAAUCACUACCUUGUGGAAGUUCCAGCUCUCAGAUGAUAAUAUCAGAAAUAAUGAACGACAUUGUAGACAACGCAUUUGAAGUAAUUGUGGCUAAAAACUUUCAGCAGCCCCCUAAACCAGAAAAGAUAACACCAAACGUCGUAGGUGACAUUAUAGACAACAUUUUGUCACCUUCCUCAAAUACAAAUGCGUCAAAUGAAAAUUACCGGCAAGACGAAACAGCUCUUCUCGAUGACGAAAUCAAACGAAUUAUAAAAGAAAUGAAAUACCCUUCUGAUCAAAAAAGCCCAAUUUGUACGCAAGGUGUUGGUGAUCAACUCGGUGACAAAUCAAAAGUAGCUCCCGACAAAAUUGUCUCAGAACCCGUCAAAAGAAACACACUAGAACGUAAAAAUCGACUAACUAAUCUUGUAAGACACUCUAAACAGAUGUUGGCCAAACUUGUAACAAACGAAACCGAAAGUGAUGUACGAAUGACCAAAUCUGAGGAAAUUCACGAAAAACUUCUAAAGGUUAUUGACCUUGAAGGAAAUGAACACAAGAAUUUUGCAGAAGGCGGUAGUAGUAGUGCUACUGGUAUUUUGAGAAUGCCGCCGGAAUCGUCGAUGAAUAUGGUCGAUUUAGAACCGAGUAUUUCACAAGUAGAUGAUGAUAUUAAUACGGAAACUGCUAAAAACGAAGAAGAUUUUAGAAGUGAUGAUAAAAAAUUUAGCAGUGUCAGCAAGAAAAAAUGGAAUUUUGGAACAAAAAUAAUGAAGUAUUUUAAAAGAAAUAAAGACAGCAAAAGAGAAUAGUGUUAAACAAAGCAUUCGAUCCAUGUAAAACAAAUAUGUGUACCCUUUUUCAUUCUAUUCUACUAAUAAAUUACUGACUACAUGUCAAUCGCACUUUCGUUUAAAACAAGGAUCAUAUGCUUUAAUGUUAAUUAAUCAAAUUUUACAUUUUUUUAUUAAGUUUUCUUGUAAUGAUUUUUUAAUAAAUUUUUGGCAAAGGAA